GAUUUACCAGAUACAAUUCAUAUUGGUGGGAGGAUCUUACCGAAGACAGUCUGGGAAUAUGUCGGCAAACUCAAAUCUUCACUUUCUAAGGAGUUGUGUUUGAUUCGUUUCCAUCCUGCAACAGAAGAAGAAGAAGUUGCCUAUAUCUCUCUCUACUCUUAUUUUAGCAGUCGUGGUCGUUUUGGUGUUGUAGCUAAUACCAACAGACAUAUCAAGGAUCUCUACCUGAUUCCCCUGAGUUCUAAGGACCCAAUUCCUUCCAAACUCUUGCCUUUUGAGGGACCAGGUCUUGAGUCAUCUCGGCCAAAUUUAAUUCUUGGAUUGGUCAUCUGUCAGAAAGGGAAGCGUCUUGCCACCGGCAAUGAAACAGAAAAGAUAGAGGAAAAGCGAAGCAGAAUUCAAGCGCACGAGGACACUGAGACAUCCCUGUUCUCUAAAGGGCCACUCGCUGCUUCACAAGAGAGGAAAGCUCCGAAAUACACACUUUAUUCAGGAGACUCAGCCGUGAGUACAACACCACCGGGAUCUCCUCCACCUCCACCACCGCUUCCCGUUCCAGACACCUCAGCAGUUACACCUUCGGUAUUAAAAAUACUGUCCUCGAUUAAAAGUGGAACCACAACUACCCCAACACCGCCGAUUUCAACUGCUGCUUCUGCAAGUGUCACUGCUACACAUUCAUCAGCCUCAAAAACUGCCACCCCUCUCGAGCACAUCCUGCAGACACUUUUUGGAAAAAAGAAAACUUUUGAGCCUCUUGCUAAGGAUUCUGAAACUGCCCAGUCUUCAGCUCAGGGAGGUCAAGCUGCUGCUGAUGCAGGGGUGUCAGCUGUCCCUUUGUUAGAUCCCAUCGUGCAGCAGUUUGGACAGAUGUCAAAGGACAGAGCUAUAGAAGAGGAGGAGGAUGACAGACCGUACGAUCCUGAAGAAGAAUACGGUCCAGAGAAAGCUUUUGAUGUGCAGACUGGUGAAAGCGAAAAACAAUACAAUGUGGACAAGCCAUCUAAUGCUGCUGAACUAGAGGAUGAGGCCUAUGAUCCAGAAGAUGAAACUAUCUUGGAAGAAGCAAAAGUAACUGUUGAUGAUUUACCUAACAAGAUGUAUACAGACACUAAAAGCAAUUCUUCGGAAACGUCUGCUUCAUAUGUGCCGGAUUUAUCUGCAUCGUCAUCCUUGGUAGAACAGCAAAAAAUGUUGGAAGAAUUAAAUAAACAAAUCGAAGAACAGAAAAGACAACUAGAGGAACAAGAAGAAGCCCUCAGACAACAAAGAGCAGCUGUUGGUGUUUCAAUGGCUCAUUUUUCAGUGUCUGAUGCUUUGAUGUCACCACCACCAAAAUCAUCCCUACUAAAGACUGAAUUAUUCCAUCAGGACCAGCAAGCUACACAAAAAAUAGAUUUAUCUUCAUCUUUAAAUCAGCAAGCACAGAUUUUAACCCAGGGCUGUGACCCAAGGCAGAGCAGAGAUCCUCGACAAGCUAGAAGAAUGGUCACAGAGACUAAUGACAGCGCUGACUCACGAGUCAAGCCACAGGUGGUGCAGAACGAGAUGUCCACAAGAGAAAUGGCUCCAGCAAGUUUUCCAAAUGCUCUGCAGACUUCACUUGGUACAGAAGAUAAAACUUUAAUUUCUGCUCCUCAGCCUGGUUUUAGUGGUGAUAGUUGGGUUUCAAGUGAAAAGGCUUCUAUGGUGUCCCAGAAAGAGCCGUUUAAUAGUAAAUUUGAAAACACUGUUCAAGUUACUUUGGAAAACAUGAGUCAAGCAGCUCCUGGAGAACCUUCUACAUCCAAACCUUUACGUAAAGUACUGCUUCCAACGCCUCCAAGUACAGCUUUUCAGCCUAAUUUCUCCACAUCGAAUGACAGUCAGCCUUUGCAAGUGUCGUGGUCAAAUGAGUCCAAGGAAGUAAUGGGACACGAUUCUUUUUCAAAUACAAUGUUUGCUCCUCAGGAAAAGGCAGCUGGUCACUUUGAACCAGAGAGGGGUCUUUCAUCAGUGCAAUACAAUGAACAAAGAAACCCUCAGUCUCAUCAAUUUGUAGAACAAACUGAACCUCCAUCGGUUCAGAGCGAAGGUGGACCUUCCCUACAGCACUUUGAAGAAAACCGAGCGGGACCUCCGUUUGGACAGAAAGGAGGGACUGCAGCACCACUGAUGCUUAAUGCACCCGGAGGACCUCAUGGACCUAAUUUUAGAGGACCAGCACCACAGUUCUCUGAAGAGCAUGGUUCUCCAAAUAAUGAUGGGCAAAGAGGGCCUCCGUCUGGAAGAUUUGGAAAUCAGAAGGGUCCCAUUCCUUCCUUAUUUUCUGCACAGCAUGGACCACCAUCUAUUUUUGGUGAUACUAGGGGCCCUGCGCCUUCUUACCAUGGUGUUCCAAGGGGAAUGUCAUCAUCUCAGUAUGAAGAUCGCAGGGAACCUCACAUGGAACAAAGGGAAUUCUCAGAUUCCCAAUACAAUGAAAUGAUUAGGCCUCCGGGACAGUUUGAAGGUCCAGACCCACCUCAGUUCAUGGGCAACAGAGGGCCUGCCCCUUUUCCUUUUGGAGGUCAAAGACGACCCCCACCAGCUCAGUUUAAAGGACAGAGAGGAGGCCCGCAGUUUGGAGGACCACGAGGUCCAUCCCCGAGUCAUUUUGGGGGACCAAGAGGACCUCACCUAAAUCAAUUUGAAGGACAGAGAGGUCCAGCUCCAAAUCACGGACCUGGGCCAAGAGGGCUUUUGCCACAGCCGUUCGAAGAACGGAGAGGGAGUCCACCACCCAGGUUUGCCAAUCAGAGAGGUCCAGCACCACUUCAGUUUGGAGGACCAAGAGGAGCCGCACCUGCAAUGUUUCCAGAAGAAAAUGAACCUUCCUCUAGGUUUCAUUUCCAAGGCCAGUCACCACAAGGUAUGAAGCCAAGCCCCAGACCGCUCCUGGACCUUCCAAGCCAUCCACCAACCCACAGAAAAGAGAUGUGGGAGGAAGCUGGCCCAUCUGCACCUCUUCCCAAUAUUUCUGGACAAGGAUCUGAGUCGGAAGGCCAGUGGUCAGGUUCUGACUUCCGAGAAGGCAAAAAUCCUGAAUUUAGAGGCCAAACGUUUGAAGGGAGACAGAGGGAAAGAUACGAAGGAGGAAAUAAGGACAAGGCUUCAGAUCAGCCAGAGCCUCAGCAAGCAGAUAACCGACAAGGCAGACCCUUUGAAGAAAGACGAAGGGAUCGAGAACACGGCAGACCUUGGGAAAGAGACCGUGGCAGAAACUGGAAUAGAGACAGGGACUGGGAGAGACACCGAGACAAGGAAUGGGAUAAAAAUAGAGACAGAAACCAGAACAAAGAUAGGGAGAAGGAUUCAGAGCGAGCUAAAGAUUGGGAAAGAAACCGAGACCGAGAGAGAGCAAGAACCAGAGACAGAGACUCCUACAGAAGACGCGAUAGAGACCGAUCAAGAAGCAGAGACAGAGAUCGUGACAGAGAGAAAGACAGGGACCGAGAUCGAAGCAGGGAAAAAGACAGAGAUCGAGACAGAGAUCGUGAGAGAGAAAGAGGAAAAGAUCGCAAAGAUCGGAGUAAGAGUAGGGAAAUCAGUAAAGAGAUGAAGACAGAAACACCGAAGGAAGCUCAGAAGCCAACAGAAACAGAAGCUUCAUCUUCCACUAAUCAAUCAUAG